AUGCCCCGGCAGUACAUCCAACAGUCGCAAGCAAGACCCCCGCAGUACGUCCAAGAGUCGCAAGCAAGACCCCGCAGUACGUCCAACAGUCGCAAGCAAGACCCCGCAGUACGUCCAACAGUCGCAAACAAGACCCCGCAGUACGUCCAACAGUCGCAAGCAAGACCCGGCAGUACGUCCAACAGUCGCAAGCAAGACCCGGCAGUACGUCCAACAGUCGCAAGCAAGACCCCGCAGUACGUCCACAGUCGCAAGCAAGACCCCGCAGUACGUCCAAGAGUCGCAAGCAAGGCCCCGCAGUACGCCCAAGAGUCGCAAACAAGACCCCGCAGUACGUCCAAGAGUCGAAGCAAGACCCCGCAGUACGUCCAAGAGUCGCAAGCAAGGCCCCGCAGACGUCCAACAGUCGCAAAACAAGACCCGGCAGUACGUCCAAGAGUCGCAAGAAGACCCCGCAGUACGUCCAACAGUCGCAAGCAAGACCCGCAGUACGUCCAACAGUCGCAAACAAGACCCCGCAGUACGUCCAAGAGUCAAGCAAGACCCGCAGUACGUCCAACAGUCGCAGCAAGACCCCGCAGUACGUCCAAGAGUCGCAAAACAAGACCCGCAGGUACGUCCAAGAGUCGCAAGCAAGACCCCGCAGUACGUCCAACAGUCGCAAACAAGACCCCGCAGUACGUCCAACAGUCGCAAGCAAGACCCCGCAGUACGUCCAACAGUCGCAAGCAAGACCCGCAGUACAUCCAACAGUCGCAAGCAAGACCCCGCAGUAUGUCCAAGAGUCGUAAGUAA